AUGGACUGGCCCACUGAUGUUCAAGUACUGGCCCGCCAUCUAAGACUCUCCAGUUUUGCAAUCAUAGGCGGCUCCGGCGGCGGGCCCUAUGCAUUAGCGUGCGCGCAGGUACUCCCUCAAGACAUGAUGUCCGCAGUUGGUGUACUUGCUGGAGCGGGCAACUGGAGGGCUCGGGCUCAUCAUAUGCCUUGGAUCUAUCGUGCAUCAAAGCUAGCCGCAGAACACUGGCCAGCUGGACUACGGGGUUUGUUGACCUUUGUGGUGUGGAUGCUUAGACAUGGGAUGAAUACACAAAUGGCAACACAGAGAGUUAAUGACUACCUGACAAAAGACCAGGACCAACAUGACGAAUUUGUUAAGGAACGAAGAGCUCAAUUGCUACACAUAUUAUUUGAGUCUUUUGCACAGGGUGUUGGCCCUGCUGCAUAUGAGGCGAAGCUACUGUCACAAGGCUGGGGCAUCGAGUUUGGCCACAUUACUUACAACAACCUCCACAUCUGGCAUGCUGAAAAGAAUUGGAAUUCGCCGCUACCCAUGACGGAGUACUACGUCAAACUUCUAUCUAACAGUCCAUACUCUAAAGUAUUCGAAGAUGACACACAUUUCACGAUCCACAAGUAUCACGAGAUUCUUUGA